GACGGUACCUGUGCCCGCAGCUGGUGUCGGAGGAGAACGUGCGCGCCGUGGUCACCCUCAACGAGGAGUACGAGACCCGCUUCCUCUGCUGCUCCGCCCAGGAAUGGGAGGCAAUGGGAGUGGAGCAACUGCGUCUCAGCACGGUGGAUCUAACUGGAGUCCCCACCUUGGAAAACCUCCACAAGGGUGUUGAAUUCAUACUGAAACACCGAGCGUGCGGUAACAGCGUCUAUGUGCACUGCAAGGCAGGACGCUCCCGCAGCGCCACGAUGGUGGCAGCGUAUUUAAUUCAACUGCAUCACUGGAGCCCUCAGGAAGCAAUAGAGGCUAUUGCCCAGAUCCGUCCCCACAUCCUCGUUCGGCACAAGCAAGUCCAGGUCUUGGAGAUGUUUCACAGGAACAUGAUUGCUGGGACAACUGCAGAGUGUCAGUAA